AAGUACUGAAAGGAUAAAACCGUCUUUUCAAUAAGCUCUACACUAUUAUAGCUUUCACCGCGAAAGCCUCUGCAAAAAUGGCUUCCUCUCUUCACUCAAAUCUCACUUUUCUUCAUCCUUUUCUGAAACCCAAUCCAAUCACCACCCAGUCAACCAACUUCCAUCAUAUUCCCAUACGGUGCGGCCCACGAAGCAACCGUGGACCUCUAGUCAAAGGUAGAAUCCUAAGCAUAGAAGCAAUCCAAGCCAUCCAAUCCCUAAAACGUGCCCAAAAAACAAACUCACUGAGCCCCUCCUACCCCUCCCUCUCUCGCCUCCUCAAGGCCGACCUCCUCGCCGCUCUCCGUGAGCUCCUCCGCCAGGGAGAGUGCGCCAUCGGCCUCCACGUCUUCUCCGUCAUCAGGGCAGAAUACCCGGAUCAGGACUUGGGUUUACUGGCAGAUAUGAUCAGUGCGUUGGGUAAGAAUGGAAUGGGAGACGAGAUAGACCGUCUGAUUGACGAGUUGGAGGAGAUCGACGGUGGUGAUGAAAAGGGUCUUCUGCGAGUGAUUAAGGGUGUGAUUGGAACCGGGUCGAAAGCAUCAACGAUCAGGAUAUGUGAGGUGAUGAAAAGAAGUGGGGUGGGGUCCGGUUGGAAAGUUGAUGAGUGUGUGGGUAAGGUUUUGAGUAAAGGGUUGAGAGGAUUUGGAGAGUUUGAUUUGGCUAAUGAGGUUGAAAGGGAAUUUUGUUGGGAUUUUAGGGGUAACUUGGAGAAUUCAGUUGUGUAAAGAAAUCUGGUUUUAUAGUGGAUUAAAGAAUAUUUUUGUAAUGAACCGAAAAGGUUUUUUUUUUUAAUGAGAAAUUAUAUUUUGUUCUAUAA